AUGCAAAUCUUUGUCAAGACCUUGACCGGCAAGACCAUCACCCUUGAGGUUGAGUCUUCCGACACCAUCGACAAUGUCAAGUCCAAGAUUCAGGAUAAGGAGGGUAUUCCUCCUGACCAGCAGCGCUUGAUUUUCGCCGGCAAACAGCUUGAGGAUGGCCGCACCCUCUCUGAUUACAACAUUCAGAAGGAGUCAACUCUCCACCUUGUUCUCCGCCUUCGUGGUGGUAUGCAGAUUUUCGUCAAGACCCUUACCGGCAAGACCAUCACCCUUGAGGUUGAGUCUUCCGACACCAUCGACAAUGUCAAGUCCAAGAUUCAGGAUAAGGAGGGUAUUCCUCCUGACCAGCAGCGCUUGAUUUUCGCCGGCAAACAGCUUGAGGAUGGCCGCACCCUGUCCGACUACAACAUCCAGAAGGAAUCUACCCUUCAUCUCGUCCUCCGCCUUCGUGGUGGUAUGCAAAUCUUCGUCAAGACCCUCACUGGAAAGACUAUCACCCUCGAGGUUGAGUCCUCUGAUACCAUCGACAAUGUCAAGUCCAAGAUCCAGGACAAGGAGGGUAUUCCUCCUGACCAGCAGCGUCUUAUCUUUGCUGGUAAGCAGCUGGAAGACGGUCGCACCCUGUCCGACUACAACAUCCAGAAGGAAUCUACCCUUCACCUUGUCCUCCGACUUCGCGGCGGCCACCACGGGCUGAUACAGGCUAUGCCGUCUUACUUCUAUCACAUCAAAUUCGAGCUCUAUCCGACGCCCGACCCAGUAGCCGCCGCGCAAGAGACGACAGACCAUAAGGACAUCUGGCUUCCACUAUCCAAAGCGAGCGUUUUUGACGACUUUCCCUCCCACCCAAGACCCGAUCGACGAACAAUAUACAGAGUACCGAACGCUCUCGAAUCUCCUUCGUACAGCUCUGCGAACCACACAUCUCCAUACACAACUGCAGGACAAAAUUCAUCUACUUCAAGUCUCGGUAUAAUCGACUGUGGUGCAGCUACUAGGCCGCCUGCAAAAGAAUCUGAAAGGAACAUUGAAAUUUUGUCGGAAAGACAGUGGCUUGAGAGAGCCAACAGCUUCCCACCACCGAACUCGAGCGCCGCAAUACACCCACAGAACGCAGUUAAAGACUGGAGGUUUGGUCGUGUUAGUCUCGAAACGGUCGAUUUACGAACCGGACAUACAGUCAUGGGCGAGGCCAGUCGAAUUACUCCAUCCGCAGCCCCUUCUCUAGGGCCAACGUUCGGAGGGGCCGGUACGGCAACCAAGGCCGAUUUCCUUCCACUCGAGACCAAGAAUACUGAACUUGGAUGGGGCGUUGUGCACUUCUACCGAGACGGUGAUGAGACACCAAGUCUUGUGGAAUUCGGGGGCCCAGAAAACGGAAUUGGGGAUUCAAAAGAUAACGACUGCACCACUCUUUGCAUUCCGGCAGUUCCUGCCUACAUGUCACCAGGUGAUCUUAUGGGAUUCGUAGGAGAGAAAUGGAGAAGUGAUAUAAGUCACUGUCGUAUGGUUAUGACCUCCCGGAUGAACAGGUAUCUCGUUCUCCUAAAAUUUCGAGAUAACUUCCGAGCGAAACAAUGGCGUCAAGAAUUUGACGGAAAGGUUUUUAACACCAUGGAGCCUCAGAUAUGCCAUGUUGUAUUCGUCAAAACCAUAACGUUCGAAACCCCGACAAGAAAAUCGAGCGCUGCCCUCUCUACUUUAACCUCCUCAGCUGAGCGCAUGGAUGAAACAAACGGGUUGAUGACUAUUCCUUGCUCACAUGUCUUCCACUGCACAUGCCUUCAGAAUUGGAAAGGAGCCGGAUGUCCGGUCUGCAGAUUCACGAACACGUCACCUAAGGUAGACUCGGACUCGUCAAAUCCUCAUACACAGCCAUUUGGCUCCGGCGCCUCAAACCUUUGCACCGUCUGUGAUUGCACAGACGAUUUGUGGAUCUGCCUGAUUUGCGGCCACGUAGGCUGUGGCCGUUAUAAGGGUGGUCAUGCCAAAGACCACUGGAAAGAGACAGCGCACUGCUUUGCUCUCGAACUAGAAACACAGCAUGUUUGGGACUAUGCCGGUGACAUGUGGGUGCAUCGGCUUAUACGGGACAAAGGCGACGGCAAAGUGGUGGAGCUCCCAUCAAGAAACAGAUCAGUUGGUCACUUAGAAGAAGAAGAUGUCGUACCUCGGGCAAAACUCGAAAGCAUUGGCCUCGAGUACACGCACCUAGUCACGAGUCAACUCGAAUCGCAGCGGGCAUACUAUGAAGAACUAAUUAGCAAGACAGUCGAUAAAGCCUCGAAGGCAUCUGCGACUGCUGAAAAUGCUGCUGCACAAGCCUCUGAGGCCAUGGAGAAGUUGGCGCUAUUAGAGGAGAAAUAUACAGCCCUCAGCGAGGCAACAAUUCCCGAGCUAGAGAAACAGCUUGAACGAGAGCGCAACAAGGCAAGCAAGAGCGAAAUGUUGGCACGCAACCUUGGCAAAUCUCUUCAGGAAGAGAAACGACUGAACGAAGGACUGAUGAAGCGUAUCGAACAUCUCAAUACCGACCACGAAACAAUGGCCAAAGAGCUGAACAAGAUCAAAACAGAGAACGCCGAAUUACAGGAGAUGAAUCGGGAUUUGAGUAUGUUUAUCUCUGGACAGGAAAAACUGAAAGAGUUGGAGAAUGAAGGCAAGGUUGACCUUGAGGGAAGUAGCGCGAGCAUACCAGAGAAGAAGAAUCGGCGACGAAAGCGAUGA